CUUCACUUUCUGUACUGUGGAUUUCAGUGCUACUUGAGGAGGUUCCACGUCAGAAGGAAGGAGCUGUUUGUUGUUAAGUAGCAUCACUGAAGUGCUCACGUUGUCAACGGACAAAAUACCGUUUUUAUUGGUAAGGAGUAUUUAUGAACAACUUUGUUAGUAGCACCUAGUAGAUGCUCAGACAAAGCACUGACAGAACCCGCCUGCCCGCGCUGGAUCACGCAGGCUGGAAAUUGAACUUCAGUUCGUUGAGUCGUUUUCGUGUGAGGCGAGCUCGGUUGAUGAUUUAAGGAGCCUUCAAGACAGAAUACUGAUUGGAGUCCUCGUAAGACAGAGACAACUUGUUUUGGCAUAAUGACAGCCACCAGAAACGUGUGUUAUACCCUGAUAAAUGUGCCGAUGGACAUGGAACCGCCAUCAGAAGUCCGUCUGAAAAUGGAUUUAGAAAAGGGUCAAAUUAAGGCAAAGACGGAGGCCCUGAAGAAGGUGAUUAUCAUGAUCCUGAAUGGCGAGAAGCUGCCCGGCCUUCUGAUGACAAUCAUUCGCUUUGUUCUUCCGCUGCAAGACCAUACCAUUAAGAAGCUGUUACUGGUUUUUUGGGAGAUUGUGCCCAAGACUACGCCGGAUGGCAAGCUGCUCCAGGAGAUGAUCCUGGUCUGCGAUGCUUACAGAAAGGACCUUCAGCACCCCAAUGAGUUCAUCCGCGGUUCCACACUGCGCUUCCUGUGCAAGCUGAAGGAGGCAGAGCUAUUGGAGCCACUCAUGCCAGCUAUCCGUGCCUGCCUGGAGCAUCGGCACAGCUACGUGCGCCGCAACGCUGUGCUGGCCAUCUACACCAUCUACAGGAAUUUUGAACAUUUGAUUCCGGAUGCCCCUGAGUUGAUCCGCAAUUUCCUGGUAAACGAGAAGGAUGCCAGCUGCAAGAGAAAUGCAUUCAUGAUGCUCAUUCAUGCUGACCAGAACCGGGCGCUUGACUUCCUCAGCACCUGCAUCGACCAAGUCCACACUUUUGGAGACAUUCUCCAGCUGGUCAUCGUUGAGCUUAUCUACAAGGUUUGCCACGCCAACCCAUCAGAGCGUGCCCGCUUCAUCCGCUGCAUCUACAACCUGCUGCAGUCAUCCAGCCCUGCCGUCAAGUAUGAGGCUGCUGGGACCCUGGUCACCCUGUCCAACGCACCCACGGCCAUCAAGGCUGCUGCUCAGUGCUACAUUGAUCUGAUCAUCAAGGAAAGCGAUAACAAUGUCAAGCUGAUCGUCCUGGAUCGACUGAUUGAGCUGAAAGAACACCCAACCCAUGAACGUGUGCUUCAGGAUUUGGUGAUGGACAUAUUGAGAGUUUUGUCCGCACCUGACCUGGAGGUGCGAAAGAAGACCCUCCAACUGGCUCUGGACCUCAUUUCAUCCCGUAAUGUAGAGGAGCUUGUGAUUGUCCUCAAGAAGGAGGUGAUUAAAACCAACAAUGUGACAGAGCACGAAGACACAGACAGGUACCGGCAGCUACUGGUGCGCACGCUCCACACAUGCAGUGUGCGCUUUCCUGACAUGGCAGCUAAUGUCAUCCCUGUGCUCAUGGAGUUCUUGAGUGACAGCAAUGAGGCAGCAGCUGCCGAUGUGCUCGAGUUCAUCCGGGAGGCCAUCCAGAGGUUCGACAGUCUGCGGCCCCUCAUUAUUGAGAAGAUGCUUGAAGUUUUCCAUGCCAUCAGGGCUGUCAAGAUAUACAGAGGGGCACUGUGGAUUCUUGGAGAGUACUGCAUUACCAAGGAUGAUAUCCAGAGCGUGAUGACCGAAGUUCGAAGGUCCCUUGGAGAGAUCCCCAUUGUUGAGAACGAGAUAAAGAAGGAGCUGGGUGAAGUGAAGGCAGGGGAUGAGGUCAUGACGGCCCCCGUGCAGAGGCUGGUUACUGAGAUGGGCACCUAUGUCACACAGAGUGCCCUCAGCUCCUCAUGGCCUUCCAAGAAGGAGGAGGACAGACCUCCGCUAAGGGGCUUUUUGAUGGAUGGCAAUUUCUACGUUGCUGCUUCCUUGGCAACGACUCUCACCAAACUGGCCCUUCGCUAUGUGUCCCUUGUUCAAGACAAAAGGAAGCAAAAUUCCUUCGUGGCUGAGUCCAUGCUUAUUAUGUCAACUGUGCUUCACCUGGGCAAGUCCGUGCUGCCCAAAAAGCCUAUCACGGAUGACGACGUGGACCGCAUCUCACUGUGCCUCAAGGUGCUCUCUGAGUGCCCGCCCCUCAUGCAUGACAUCUUCAACAAGGAGUGUCGUGAGUCACUGUCACGUAUGCUCACUGUCAAGCUGGAGGAGGAGAAACUGUCUCAGAAGAAAGAGUCGAAGAAGCGCAGCAUCGCAGUGCAGGCCGACGACCCCAUCUUCUUCAUGCAGCUCACAGCCAAGAAUGAGUUGACCUCCAAGGAGGACCAGUUCCAGCUCAGCCUGCUGGCUGCCAUGGGAAACACCCAGAGGAAGGAGGCUGCUGACGCACUGGCCUCUAAGCUUAACAAGGUCACCCAGCUAACUGGCUUCUCAGACCCAGUCUAUGCUGAGGCCUACGUUCACGUCAACCAGUACAACAUCGUUCUGGAUGUGCUGGUUGUCAACCAGACCAGCGACACCUUGCAGAACUGCACCCUGGAACUUGCCACUCUCGGUGACUUGAAACUGGUGGAGAAACCGUCCCCUCUCACACUGGCACCUCAUGACUUUGCCAACAUCAAGGCUAACAUCAAAGUGGCAUCCACAGAGAACGGGAUUAUCUUCGGGAACAUAGUGUACGAUGUGUCCGGUGCAGGCAGCGAUAGGAACUGCGUGGUGCUUAGCGACAUCCACAUCGACAUUAUGGACUACAUCCAGCCUGCCUCCUGCACCGACGCAGAGUUCCGGCAGAUGUGGGCUGAGUUUGAGUGGGAGAACAAGGUUACGGUAAAUACAAACAUGACGGACCUCAAUGAGUACCUCCAGCACAUCCUCAAAUCUACAAACAUGAAGUGCCUGACUCCAGAGAAGGCUUCAUCUGGAUUCUGUGGCUUCAUGGCUGCCAACCUGUAUGCUCGCUCCAUCUUCGGUGAGGACGCCCUAGCCAAUGUCAGCAUUGAGAAGCCCAUUCACUUAGGACCAGACGCAUUGCUCAGCGGUCAUAUCCGCAUCCGGGCCAAAAGCCAGGGCAUGGCAUUAAGCCUGGGAGACAAGCUCAACCUGUCCCAGAAAAAGAGCCGCACAUAACUCGAUGUAAGUGAGAGCCCAGCUGAGACACCAUCAUGAGUUGAGUCACGUGCAUUCUAUCUGGACUCCCCACAGUCGUCCAGCAUUUCUGUCGCCUCUGUGUCUCCUGAGUAGCGUGCAGACGGUUGUCUGCUGGCCGUUCCUCUUGGAUUGCUUGUAAAUGGACAUUUAAAGCUUGCAGUCACUGUUCCUGCACUCUGUCACUCGCACUUGAUAUGGUGCUUUGUGACAAGUCACAUUUCAGUGCUUUGUCACUGCGUUUGCUGAACUCCAGUACCACCUCACAGAAUGUGAGCACAGGAAUGCAGUCAGCUGAGUUCUCCCCACCCCUCAUCAGGAUGUCUGCUGUGCUUGACUCACGUUUACUGAGUUUGCGGAACACUCCUCCUCUGGCCUUCAAGACUCGUACAUCGCAGGCAUCGUGCUCUACCUUCUGACAUUUCAGGAGUUCCGCACACAGUGAAUCCAGUGAGAACGACUUCUUUGAUGUAUGAGUCCAUAGAAUGUUUCUAAUCACAUUUCCAGAAUUUCCUCCCUUUUUCUCUAGGUGUACAAUAAAUGGAGAGUAAUG